AAGAUUGAGAUUUGGAAAGCUCAUACCCUUGCUGCCAAGUUAAAAAGAAUGGAAGAGCACCAGGAAAAAGAAUUAAGAAAAAAGAGAGAAGAAGAAGAAAAGAAAAAACUUCAAGAACAGAAGAGGGCACUGGUGGACCGUUAUCGGCAGGAAAAACUGAGCGAAGAGAUGGCGAUGAAGACAGCUGAAGAAACAGAGAGGCUCCAAGCGAAGCAGGAGUCAAUGCAACAGGCAGCUACGCUACUCAAAUACUUCAGGUAUGAAGAUCGAAGGUUCACAGAUCGGCUGAAAGCUCGAAAACAGCUGAAAGAGCGAGAGAAGGAAGAGCCGAGAGUGAAGAGCUGUGUGGAGGUGAGGAGAGAUCCGAACCGCCUGCUACAGCCAACACUGGGCUGGCUUUACCACACCAGAAAGUGUGAGGACUCUGAUAGCUCUACUAUCUCUGCCCCUCAGCUACAUAUCCAGCACUUACGCAAGUUAGGAAAACCAGCGUGGAGGAAAGGUUUAACAAGCUGA